UAGGAUGCAAACUGAGGGACAAGAAGACCCUCUCUCAAGCUCACUAGAUACGGGACAAUCUUGUGGCUAGAGACGAAGCCUUGUAGUCCUGUUUCGAUGCGUUCUCAGUCGGAGACAGGAUGCACAGCAUUAUUUGACGGGACUAUACGAGAUAUUUACCUUCACCACAUCACUCUUUACUUUGUGGUCUUCUCUGUGUGAAUGAAUAAUGUUCUUGGACACUUUAAUUUGGUGUAUGAUAGCACUGGACACCACGCGCAUCGCAUCAUCUCUGGAGUUACAACCUGACAUGCCUAAUGUGUGUGCAGACCAGGAGUUGUCCAUGCUGGGUGCACGCCAGCCUUGUGUCCAGGCCUUCACUCGGAUGGUCAAGGUUUGGAAGCAAGGCUGCACCGGCCAUCGCUGGUGUGUCGGCUACGAAAGGAAAACAGGCUACUACACAGCCUACAGGCAGGUGUACAGUAUGGAUGUGCACAGGGUGUACAGGUGCUGCCCUGGGUGGACACAGAGGGGCAAGGAGAGGGGCUGUUUGCACCGGAUGUGUGCUGCUACUACCUGCUUCAAUGGGGGCAGGUGUGCUGAGAGAGGUGACCAGAUCUGUGAGUGUCCUGUAGGCUUCCAAGGAACACGCUGCCAGUAUGAUGUCAACGAGUGCUCGACUGCUAACGGUGGCUGUGAGGGACAUUGCUGCAACACCAUUGGAAGCUUCUACUGCAAGUGCCCCGAGGGCAGUCGACUGGGCCCGGACGGCAAGGCCUGUCAGGAUGUGAAUGAGUGUGAGGAGCUGAAUGGCGGCUGCCAGCAGACCUGUGUGAACAUGGAAGGCUCCUACCACUGUGAGUGCAGCCAGGGCUUCCGCAUGCACACUGAUGGAAGGACCUGCAUUGCUGUGAACUCCUGCUCGGUGAAGAAUGGCGGCUGUGAACACAAGUGUGUGGACAUGGGCAACGACCACUACAAGUGCGAGUGUCAUAGGAACUACCAGCUGAAGAGGGAUGGGAAGCACUGCGAGUUGAGGGACCCCUGUGUGGACAGGAAUGGAGGCUGUGCCCAGCUGUGUCGUUCUAUGGAGGGUCAAGCAGAGUGCAGCUGCAGACCUGGGUACACACUGGCCAGAGACCGCCAGGGCUGUGAUGACAUAGAUGAGUGCAGCUCGAGCCAGGCUAUGUGUACCCAUCGCUGUGUCAACACCCUGGGCUCCUUCAGCUGUGUGUGUAACCCUGGCUUUGAGCUGGGCGCUGACAGCAAACAGUGCUACCGUAUUGAGAUGGAGAUAGUGAACAGCUGUGAGAAGAACAAAGGAGGAUGUUCCCACCACUGUGAACAUACCACCAACGGACCCUUCUGCUCCUGUAACCAAGGACACCAACUGGCUGAGGACAGGAAGACCUGUGUGGACAGUGAUGAGUGUGAGAGUGGGGAGGCGUGCUGCAGUCAGUUCUGUAAGAACUACCCAGGGGGCUAUGAGUGCAGCUGCAAGGCUGGCUACAGGCUCCACGCAGACGGCUGUGGCUGCAAUGAUAUUGAUGAGUGCCUGGCAGAGAGUUCUGCCUGUGAACACUACUGUGUGAACACCCUGGGGACCUACGAGUGUUUCUGCAGACUGGGCUUCCGUCUGGACUACGACCAGAGAGCCUGCAUUCCGCUGUACGACAGUGACCUGGAUGACGAUGAGGAGGAUGACGCAGAGGAGGAUCUGGAAGUGCACAGUUUGCCAGAUCUGCUGUUCCGACAGCCCCCUCAGCUCCUGCAGUACACUGCAGGCCUGCACUCACCCUAUGGUGAUGAUGAGGAGGAAGAGGCACAGAGAGGGGAACUCACCCUGGUCAGCCACAUAGUGUGUCUAGAUGACUCCUUUGGGGAUGACUGCAGUGUGAGCUGUGCUGACUGUGAGAACGGAGCAGUGUGUGGUGUGGACAGAGACCGCUGUGAAUGUACACAUGGAUGGACUGGCGUCAUCUGCAAUGAGACUUGUCCUGUGGGGACCUAUGGACAGUCCUGUAACAGCGUGUGUCUGUGCCAGAACGGGGGCUCCUGUGAACCAGUGACCGGGAGGUGUGUUUGCCCACCAGGGGUGCAGGGCCAGCUCUGUGAGGACGGUUGCCCACAAGGAUCCUUUGGGAAACACUGUAGGCGGAAGUGUAACUGCCCCAACAACGGGCGCUGCCACCGUCUCUAUGGAGCCUGCCUGUGUGCCCCGGGGCUGUACGGGCGCUUCUGCCACCUGCCUUGUCCCAGGUGGACCCACGGUGUCGGCUGCUCUGAGGAGUGUGACUGUGUUCUGGAACAUUCCCUGGGCUGCCAUCCCAAGAACGGGACCUGUCUGUGCAAACCUGGCUACCACGGCUCUCAGUGUCAGCAAGAGUGUGAUCCAGGGUUCUAUGGUAGUGGCUGUGGGCAGCAGUGCGACUGUCCAGGUGGGGCGACCUGUGACCCUAGGAGUGGAGAGUGCACCCGGAGGUGUCCUGCAGGGCUCCAUGGGAACCUGUGUCAGCUAGCCUGCAGGGCUGGUCAGUUUGGGGAGAACUGCCUCCAGACGUGUGUGUGUGGAGGAGCACCCUGUGACCCAAUGACAGGACAGUGUAUCUGCCCUGUUGGGAAGACAGGAAAGGCAUGUCAUCAAGACUGCCCAGAGGGAUUAUGGGGGUUGAAGUGCCAGUUCCCAUGUAGAGCGUGUGAGAAUGGAGCUUCCUGCAACAAGCAGACAGGAGUCUGUGACUGCAGCCCUGGGUACACAGAACAACUCUGCCAGACUGUGUGUCCAACAGGGUCCUAUGGGCCAGGCUGUGUGAGUACCUGUGUCUGUCACCCUGAUGCCAGCUGUGACCCUGUCACCGGACACUGCACAUGUCCCCCGGGCCGGACAGGACACGACUGCACUACGUCCUGUGAAGUGGGGUCCUGGGGCUCUGGGUGCUCCAGCAGGUGCCAGUGUGCAGACCGAGCCCUGAGUUGUGAUGCUGUGACUGGACACUGUGUGUGUGAGGCUGGCUUCACUGGAGACAACUGUGAACAGAAGUGUGUGGAGGGCAGCUAUGGUUUGAGCUGUGCCCUGGAUUGUCUGUGUCAGCACGGGGCUCUAUGUGACCAUGUGAGUGGAGCCUGCACCUGCUCCUCUGGAUGGGCCGGAACCUUCUGUGAGAAAAUGUGCCCGGACGGGUUUUACGGUCUUGACUGUGGCCAGAUGUGCGAGUGCAGGAACGGUGCCCGCUGCCACCACAUCACAGGAGCCUGCCUCUGCACCCCUGGCUGGUCGGGACCACACUGCAUUCUGGCCUGCCCUGAGGGUGGUUUUGGGGAGAACUGCAGCCGGAGCUGUGAGUGUCAGAAUGGGGCCACCUGUGACCACGUCAGCGGCCGCUGCAGCUGUGGAGCCGGAUGGACCGGAGCUAGCUGCCAAGAGGACUGUGGGGAGGGGCCCUAUGGAGAGGGGUGCACACAAACCUGCAGCUGUCAGAAUGGAGGGCAGUGUGACAGAGUGACUGGGGGGUGUAGCUGUCCCCCUGGCUGGACUGGAGAGCACUGUCAGACAGCCUGCCCAGACGGUCUCCAUGGAGAAGGGUGUGAGCAGAGGUGUCAGUGCGACCACGGGACAAGCUGCCACCAUGUGACGGGCAGGUGUGAAUGUCACCCAGGAUGGAGAGGGGCCCAGUGCGACAAACCCUGCCUGCCUGGGGUCUACGGUGCUUCCUGUGCCCAGCGGUGCCAGUGCCAGUCUGGGGUGUCCUGCCACCAUGUUACUGGGACAUGUGGCUGCCCUGCUGGUCUCACUGGGAACGGCUGUGAGGAGACGUGUCCAUCAGGUGUGUUCGGGCUGAACUGUAGCCAGCUGUGCCAGUGUUCUGGGGACCAUGAGCAGUGUCACCCUGUCACUGGAAGGUGUGUCUGUCUACCUGGUUACUACGGCAACCGCUGUGAACUCAAGUGUCGAGAGGGCUCAUAUGGGCCAAACUGCAAGGCCAGAUGUAAGUGCAGCAAUGGCGGUCGCUGUGACACUAAGACAGGGACCUGUGAGUGCCCACCUGGCUUCCUAGGAGCUGACUGCAGCACUGGUUGUCUGGCGGGGCACUAUGGGAAGGACUGUGCCCAUCUGUGUUCCUGUGGGGAGGGAGGGCAGUGCCACCCUGUGACUGGGAGGUGUAUCUGCGCCCCAGGCAAAAUCGGACAGUCCUGCCAGCAAGCCUGCCCUAGGGGGCGCUAUGGCCUGCAGUGCAGGAACGCGUGUGUGUGUCAGAACGGAGCGCUGUGUGAGCCCAGGGAUGGGAGCUGCAGGUGUGGGCUGGGCUGGACAGGACCACGCUGUGAGACAGUGUGUGCCAAGGGGAAGUAUGGACCAGACUGUGCACUGGAUUGUCCCUGCCAGAACAACGGAACAUGUGACCGCUUCACUGGCUGUUGCAGCUGCACAGCCGGACACUACGGACACUCCUGCGAACACCGGUGUCACUCUGGCUUCUUCGGACAGAACUGUGCCCGUCCGUGUGACUGCUGGGCGGGACAGACAUGUGAUCAUGUGACGGGCCGGUGUGUUUGUCCGCCUGGCUAUCAUGGCUCCCAGUGUCAGAGACGGUGCGAGGCUGGCCGGUUUGGGGAGGGCUGUCAGCAGUCAUGUGACUGUGUUGGAGGGGCCCCCUGUCAUCCAGCCACGGGACAGUGUCUCUGCCCCCCAGGGAAGACUGGACAGAGAUGUGAAAAAGACUGUGGAGGAGAUCGUUUUGGUCCGGGCUGCUCCCUGCAGUGCCAGUGUUCCCAUCAGGCCCAGUGUGACGCUCGUAAUGGCCGCUGCUUGUGUCCUGUUACCUGGCUGGGCCCUACAUGCACAGAAGGACUCCUAGAGACUGCAGAGGUCCCAGCGUUGGGCUUCUCUCCCUCCCUGAAGAGUCCGUCUGGUCUCUCCCACUCUGAGCUCCGCUGGAGGCCCCAUAUCCCAAACUAGACAUCCCAAAUACUCCUGCCAGACGUCUCAAACACUGAACACUGAACAAGGUGCCCUAAAUAUUCCCAUGACGCCCCAGGGAUCCUGGGGCAUCAUGGGAAGGCUGUGUACAGUUGGAGAGAUGGAUAGAUGGACAGAGGUAUACAGCCAGAAGGUGAUUCAGGUCUGGACCAGACACACAAGGCAAUGUAUUCUUAUGACUACACCUGUAUUCUGCACAUUUGGUUGAGAAAUGUGCAAUGGCUUGUUGGGAGCCUGCAGAAAGGUGCAGAAUGCCAGUUUAGUUAGAGAGAGAGAGAGGAGCUGGAACAUUGAUAUUCUGCUGGGUGAUGGACAUUGGAAAUGUCACCUGAGCUCUAUGACACUCCCUGCCUGAUUGUCUCAGGACUGGACCCCUGCCCUAAGUUAACUGUUCGAACCUGUCAUUAACCACAGGUCAAACACUUCCUGUACAUUCAUAACAUCUCUGUCCUCCCCACCAUGCAGCUUUGUACAGUCUAGUACAGGGGUGGGCAACUACGGUGCUGGAGGGGCACAGUGUGUGCAGACCAUCACUAUCACACGUGAUUGACAAAGACCAUGAUUAGGUGAUUAGUGGAAUCAGGUGUGUUAGAGCUGGGCUGGAACAAAAGCCUGCAGCCUCCUAUUGCUUACCCAUGGCCUACCCUCCGAAUCAAUGGUCAGACUGACAUGGGAGCACAAUCUUCUGUGCAACAGCCAUCACUCCAAAAGUGUCCACUGGUAUUGUCAGUCCAUUGAACUCUGUCAUACUCUCAUAUCAUAUACAGUGAGAAUAUUGUGUGUUGUAUUUUACUGGUUUCUUUUGACAGUGUGUGCCUGAUUGCUUGUCAUAAAGUGUUAAUAUAUUUAGAAAUUGCUUUUGGUUGUAUGUUUGAUUUGAUAAGAUCACUUACUGUACUAUCAGAUCAGGAAAGUCACAUAUCAAUUAAUUACUGCUGUUACUGUAACUGUAUCAGUUCAAUGACAAUAUGACCUAUAGAAGUCUGUUUUAGCCAAUUAAUCAGUAUAUUUUCAUGUAGAAGGGUUUUUUGAAUAUUACAAAGCAUUUGAACUGUACCUCAGGAUAUUGCCAUUCAUACCACUCAUAACAUGUACUGUACUAUGUGCCUGAUGGCAGGCUUUAUGUAAAUGGUGCUAUUUUGAUACAUCUUGAAUUUUUAUCAAAUUCUCUUUUUACUAAA